CCACUUUAUUCCAAGGGAGGAGGAGAGAGAAAGUAAGAAAAGGAGGACAGAGAGAGAUAGAGAGAGAAGUCGUAGCUUCCUUCUGAGAUCCUGAGAAGACGAGGGCAAACCAAAUAGAAUCAUUAAGCAAUGGGUCGCCAAGCCGUCGCCAAGCUGAUCGGUUCGAUCGCCGCGCGCCGGCCUUCUUCGCUACUUUCUUCACCCGCCACAGCUCAGAGUCGCCGGCAUUAUGCGGCGGCUCCUCCGCCACCCCCUGCUGUGUUCGUCGACAAGAACACUCGCGUCAUCUGCCAAGGUAUUACUGGCAAGAACGGAACCUUUCACACCGAGCAAGCCAUCGAAUACGGCACCAAAAUGGUGGGUGGUGUAACACCAAAGAAGGGUGGAACAGAACAUUUGGGACUUCCUGUUUUCAACAGUGUUGCAGAAGCAAAAGCUGAAACAAAGGCUAAUGCCUCCGUCAUUUAUGUUCCCCCACCAUUUGCUGCAGCAGCUAUUAUGGAGGCAUUGGAAGCUGAGUUAGAUCUUGUCGUGUGCAUCACAGAAGGGAUCCCACAACAUGAUAUGGUACGAGUAAAGGCUGCUGUUAACAGGCAAUCUAAGACUCGGUUGAUUGGACCAAAUUGCCCUGGUAUCAUCAAGCCUGGUGAAUGCAAAAUUGGAAUUAUGCCUGGGUAUAUCCAUAAACCUGGCCGCAUCGGAAUUGUCUCUCGAUCUGGGACCUUGACUUAUGAAGCGGUUUUCCAAACUACUGCUGUUGGCCUUGGACAAUCCACUUGUGUUGGAAUUGGUGGGGAUCCUUUUAAUGGGACAAACUUCGUCGAUUGCCUUGAAAAAUUUCUUGCAGAUCCCCAAACAGAGGGUAUUGUUCUAAUUGGAGAGAUAGGUGGGACUGCUGAAGAGGAUGCCGCUGCAUUGAUAAAGGAAAGUGGAACUGAGAAGCCUAUUGUUGCAUUUAUUGCUGGACUAACUGCUCCUCCUGGUCGUCGUAUGGGCCACGCUGGAGCGAUUGUCUCGGGUGGAAAGGGUACAGCACAAGACAAAAUCAAGACACUUAGGGAAGCUGGAGUUACAGUGGUGGAGUCUCCUGCCAAAAUUGGAACUGCAAUGCUUGAGGUUUUCAAGCAGAGAGGCCUUGUGAAUUAAAAGUAGCAUUUAAAGAUCAUCGAUGGAUGACCCCAUCUUUAAUUCUUUCUUGCAAAAGAAAAUAUUCAGAAACAAAGCGCACAUGCAUACUCUAAUCAUGAAUUUUUAUUUUUACAAUGAUUAUCAUUGCGGAAGAGCGUUUGAAAAUCGUCUCCACCUUUUGAGCUAUAAUAUAAUGUUGUUAAUUUAAUAAAGUUAUAGAAAGUUGUUGAGAUUUA